AGUUGUAGUAACUAGAUUUUUUAUUAAUAAUGUAAUAUUGUUUAUUAUAUCUGUGCCCAGCAGUCAAUAUAUCAGUAAUACCUAUAUAGUCUAUGGCUACGUUGAAUAUUGAUGGUCGAUUUUUGAACGAAUUUAUUCGUCAUCGUUAUUAGUUAUUCGUUAAUUUUAAUCAUGAACUAAGAUAAGUUUAUGAUUUCAAUCUUAAUUGUUAUUAAUUCUGAUUAAGACGUAAUGUAUUAAAGUAUCUCAGGUAUCAACUGAAAACUUCACUUCCGAAGUCCUGAAAUUUCCAUGAUAUACCUAGUCCGAAAUUGUGAAUCUAAUUUGUUUAUUUUAUUAAUAUUUUCAUAUACCUUAUAAUGGAUUCAGCAUCUUCUGUUCUCAACUCUGAUAACGAGUCCAUUUCAGAUGUUUUGGAUUUGGAUACAGAAGAUUUUGAUGAUGUUGAAGAAAAGCCAAUUACCACUGUUAACCAUAAAGGGGGAUCGGUUUGGCGAGAUAUUGUUGUCGGAGAACAGAUGGAGGGAUGCCUAACCCGUCUUGAAGUAACCCCUAAGACAGCCGCUUACACUGAUAUGGAUGAUCCAAACUAUGAGCCCAAGAACAAUGGACUAAAACGGAAGCGUGUUUUUUCAUCAAAUAAAUCAAAUAAAAAAACUGAUAUACCAGAAAACAGAGACUAUGAUUUGGAGUCUGAUCAUGUUGUAAAAAAAAAGAUAUACACAUAGAAAUGAUUUUAAGAAAUGUCAUUAUAAAAAUGGAAAUACAAAAAAAUUUGAGGAAAAAA